AUGAAUGUGUUGCAGGGGUCAGGGUCAGGGGUCAGGGGUCAGGGUCAGGGGUCAGGACCGGACACAGACCGGCACGCACUCCUUCACAAAUCCAGCCACCACCCCCAGCACACGUACAGAGGCCUCAUCAAGUCCCAGCUGAUCCGCUUCCACAGAAUCGGCACCUUCCCGGAGCUUGUGGAGGAGGCAGGCAGCACCCUUUGUGGGGCGUUGAGGUCAGGGGUGUCACAUGAUCUACAGCCUUUGAAGCGGAGCAGCAGCUGUGAAUUACUGCCACCUUCAAUGUCUGAGCUCAGGGUGGUUCUGCUGGGGAACAGCUGGUCUGAGAGGAGUUCAGUGGGGAACUUCAUACUGGGAGGGACUACGGUCAUCACUGAGGAAGAACCAGACCACUGUGUGACAGUCAGAAGACGGUUGAAAGACAAAGAAAUAGUUCUGAUCCACACUCCAGACCUGCUGCAGCCCAACAUCUCUGAAGACAAACUAAGAGACCAUGUAGAAACCUGUGAGAGACUCUCUGGUCCUGGACCUCAUGUGUUCCUGCUGGUUCUACAGCCUGAAGACUUCACUGAGGAACUCAAAGUGAAGCUCUGCAGAGUCCUGGAACUCUUCGGUGAUCAAUCAUUUGAUCGUUCAUUGAUACUGAUAACACCCAGAGAGGAGAGUUCAGCUCUGAUGGACCAAGACCAGCCCUUAAAGGACCUGAUCACAAAGUGCAGAUACAGAAACCUGAACCAGAAGAACCUUGAUCGUCCAGAACUGGUCACACGUUUGGGUCAAAUUGUAAGAGAUAACAAUGGAGAGCUUGUGAGGUGUGACGUAUCAGAGGAUGAGGGUUUGAUCAGGACACCAAAGUCUGACCACAUGAAGCCGUCUUUAAACCUGGUUCUGUGUGGGAGGACAGGAGCAGGGAAGACUUCAGCAGCCAAGGCCAUUGUAGGUCAGAGAGACCUUCAUUCAGCCUCCAACUCCUCACAGUGUGUUCAACAUCAGGGAGAGGUGAGUGGACGUCAGGUUUCUCUGGUGGAGCUGCCUGCCUUGUGUGGGAAGCCUCAGGAGGAAGUGAUGGAGCAAUCCCUCAGGUGUAUCUCCCUGUGUGACCCUGAGGGGGUCCAUGCCUUCCUCCUGGUCCUACCUGUGGGUCCCCUCAUGGAUGAAGACAAGGGAGAGUUAGAGACCAUCAAGAAGACAUUCGGAUCUCCAGCCAAUGACUUCACCAUAAUUCUGUUCACUGUGGACUCAGAUCCUAAAGCUCCAGCUGUUGUUAACUUUUUACAGGAAAACAAGGAGAUCCAGGAGCUCUGUCAGAGCUGUGGAGGAAGAUAUGUAGUUCUCAACAUUAAGGACCAGCAGCAGAUCCCAGAGCUGAUGGAUUAUGUGGACAAGAUGAGAGUUGAAGGAUCCAGAUGCUUCACAAUGAAGGUGUUCACCAAGGCUCUGAUGGAGAAGGUUUCAAGACUUGAAGCUGAACUGCAGGUUGUGAAACAGAAGACAGAGGGAGGAUGUGAUGUUCAACAUCAGGGCAGAGAGAGUGUCAGGAUGGUGCUGAUCGGGCGGACUGGCAGCGGGAAGAGUGCAACAGGAAACACCAUUUUGGGCCGACAACAGUUUACAUCUAAGGCCAGCUUACGGUCAGUGACCAAGUUUUGUGAGAAAGCAACAGGAGAGAUUGAUGGACGGCCUGUCGUCGUGGUCGACACCCCCGGCUUGUUUGACACGACUCUGUCUGAUGAGGACGUUCAAGAGGAGCUGGUGAAAUGCAUCAGCUUGUUGUCUCCUGGACCUCAUGUGUUCUUACUGGUGAUGCAGAUCGGACGCUUUACACAAGAAGAAAAAGAUUCUGUGAAGCUCAUCAAGAAAUGUUUUGGGAAGAAGUCUUCAGAUUUCAUCAUCAUCAUAUUCACCAGAGGAGACGAUCUGGAAGAUGAGUCAUUCGAGACUCAUCUCAAAGGUUGUGAUGACUUUGUCAAAGAGCUCAUACAUGACUGUGGAGGAAGAUACCAGGUCUUCAACAACAAAGAGUCAAACCGCACACAAGUCACAGAGCUGCUGAAUAACAUCGAGACCAUGGUGAAGGACAAUGGAGGCUGCUACUUCACUGAGACGUUGGACGCCACAGAGGGAUGCACACCGAUACAAGUGGAGAUGAAAGAGAAGGAAGAAGAGAUGAAGAGAAGGUAUGAGGACCUCCAGAGAAAACAUGAAGACGAUUUAAAAUCCCUGAAAAGCAAAUUCAAAGAAGAUGAGAGAAAAAUUAAAGCAAAACAGCUCAUGGACGUCACCCAGAAAAGAAGGAAAGGAGAGGAGGAGGAAAGGAGAUGGAAAAAACAAGAAGACACUCAGCUACAGGAGUGGAGAAGAAAACUAGAAGCUUCAGAGAAGAUAGUUCAAUCAGAAAGAGAGCAAAAGGAAAAUGCUGAAAGGAAACUGGAGCAGUUGAGAAAAGAGAUGAAGAAAGAUCGAGAUGGCUUCAAUAAAGAAAGAAAGGAAACCUGGGAACGAAGACAUGAGGAGGACAGACACAGUCUGGAGGAGAUGAAGAAGAGCUUCAUGAAGCUCCAAGAGGAGUUCAAUCAGAAGAGAAGGAAAUUGACUUACUGUUUUGGUUUUCUCUUGUUGUGUCUGUUGUGUUACAUCUUCAUGAGGUAG